UCUGUCACCUGCGUCUUAGCGAAGGGAGUCAAACAGGGGGCGAACUUUUAGCCUUGACAUAGCCCGCGUCCCCCGACGACGAUCCAUCGUACGGAGUACACUGUCCCAUUCCACCCAUUCAGGGACCUGAUUCACAAACUUAUGACCUGUCUAUUUCUCGUUUCUUUGGUGGAGCCCUUUCAUCCUCGAGCAAUGGCACGCUCCGAGGCAGCCAAUGACCUCAUUACCCAGCGAUGGCUACGACGUACGCACCCAAGCAGCGGGACUGCGCCGCAGCAGGAGCGGACUCGCACCAUUGCAAUUCCACCAACGAAACGGCCUAGCUUCGGUUUCUCCGUGCGGGCUCCGCCUAGUGAUCCGUUCGCAGGGCGUGGGCCUUUCCGUCUCCGCCUCGGCGGGGCCGCUCGCCGUCCUUCGAGAAAAGAAGGGAGCUGGACCGUGAAGAAAGAGCGCGGAAAAAGAUCCGCACGGCGUGCCCGUCUGCUAGUUUAGAAGGCAAAUUUGCCUUGCAGGCGCCAGGGCAUGGGGCGUCAGGUCUUGACGAGAUUAACGGCCGAUCAUGGUCGCCGCGGCCACCGCGCAAUCACGCACCCAACUCUUCUCCGUACGUACCACCAGUUCGUCGGCGGAGGCCCGGCCGCGAGGCUGAGCCCGGUAGGUGCGAUGAUCAGCAGUACGUGCUGCUUUCA